AUGGAUAAGAAAACCGAGAAUUACACUGUUGCACGGCGGUGUAUACGUUGUCUAUUAGUAGUUUUUUAUUCAAUGCUAAACAUCGGUGGACUAAACGCACAAAUUAUUUUCCAAGAAAAUACUUCAAUAAGAAAAACAAGACUUGUAUUUUUGAAGACAUUAGCUCGUCAAAUAAUGCAAGAACAAAUGGAAUAUCGUUUGACACUGGAUUGUUUGCCAAAACAAAUAAAAUUAAGACUAAAUGAAUACUGCAACAUAACAAGACCUAACGUGGGGGAAAUACAACGUGUACGAGCUUCUGGAAGAUGUACUUUUUGUGACCGCUCAAAAGAUCGUAAGGCUACAAAAGGAUGUACUAAUUGCGCAAGGCUCAUUUGCAGAGACCAUAUAAUAGAGACUUGCCCUGACUGCUUCGAGGCUUCAUAG